UUUAAAGCUGCUAAUCAUUUUGCAAAGAUUGGGCGUAGGUGUUUAACACACAGGUUUUGAAGUCUAUAGAUUUGAUCUUCACGUGGGCAUAAACAGGUUUUCACUCACAUUUCAUGGACUCGCUACGUAGGACGUACACUUGAGCUCAUCACAUUGAAUAAUCAUGUCAGUCCGUCGCAGCAGCAGUAAGUCUGUUAGCUCUCUGGUAUCAUUCGGGUCAAGAAGGAGGAUAAGUACCUCUAGUGGAGUGGUCACGAAGGGUUUUGAGAGUUCAGGUUUUGGAUAUGGCAGCUCAGGGGGCUAUGAUAUCUUCUCCAAAUCUGUCACAUCUGGUUAUGAGAUCCCGCUGUUUGGCAAUGAGAAGCAGACAAUGAUUAAUCUCAAUGACCGUCUGGCAUUUUACCUGGAAAAGGUAAACUCUAUGGAGAAGGCCAACAGCAAACUGGAACUGCAAAUUAGGACAUUUUAUGAGAACAAAAGCCCAAUGCAGAGCAAAGACAUGAGUAGUUAUUUCCAAACCAUCUCAGACCUCCGCACACAGAUUCUUAGCCGUUUUGUGGAGAAUUCUGAACUCCGCCUGAAACUGGACAACGCCAGGAUGGCAGCAGCAGAUUUCCAGAUCAAGUAUGAGACUGAGAAGAACAUGCGUAUGAUUGUUGAAGCAGAUUUGCCUCGACUGCGAGGGGUUAUGGGAGAGAUUAAAAUGUCCAUCACAGACCUGGAGGCCCAACACACUGGAGCGAAAGAGGAGCUGCUGUACCUCAAGAAAACCCACGAGGAGGAUCUGCACAUGUUGAGAGCAAAGCAAAGUGGCUCUGUUAACGUGGAGAUUGACAGCGCAUCUCAUUCAAACCUUGGCAAGAUGCUGGAGGAGUUGAGAAGUCAGUACGAGACCCUUGUUGAGAAAAACCACAAGGAGGUUGAACAAUGGUACCAGACCAAGGUGGAGACGUGGCGCACUCAAGUGUCCAGCAGCCAUACUGAGAUCAGUACAUCUCAGACUGAAAUCAAGAGAACAGUUCAGAGCUUAGAUAUGGAACUAAAAGGGUUAAUGAUGCUGAAGCAGCAGCUGGAGCAGAGUCUGGUCGAAGUAAGGGAGCGCUAUUCGGCCAAGCUGCGUCAACUUCAGAUAUACAUCGAUAACCUGCAGGAGGAGCAACAAAGACUUAAUACCAACAUACAAGAACAGUCCACAGAGUACCAGCUCCUGCUGGACAUCAGAAUGAGACUGGAGGUAGAGAUCGCAGAGUACAGGAGGCUCCUGGGAGGAGAACUGCAAACGGCUGUCAUUAGCAAUUCUAAAACUUCCAUGAUCAAAACAGAAACAGUGACCUCAACAGUAAAGGAAGAGAUCACGGAAAAGAUCACGGAAAAGAUCACGGAAGAGAUCACGGAAGAGAAAGAGGAUGUGCAUAACCCUCUUCUCCAGCGCCGAGUCAAGGUCAUUGUGGAGGAAAUGGUAGAUGGUCAAGUUGUUGCCACUUCCAUUGAUGAGAAGGUCCAGGACAUCAACUGAUCAGAAAAUCAAAUGCAACCUCAUGUUUGAAACUACAAUAACAAAUGUAUACACAUAAAAUGACCUUGUCAGGAAUUGGUAACGGGCGUCUUUAAGUGAGUUAUUACGUUUUUUUAUUGAGUGGGAUUUCUGAAAAAUAUAUACACUGCAGCAUACAGUAAACACAGGUUUUUCUAGCAUUUGGUGUGAGACAUGCUUUCAGGCUUUGCUUCUGGCCUUCACUCUGCCUAAAUGAAUUUAGGACCAAAUUAAAAGCAGAGCAU